AUGCGCAAAGAAACGAUCGAACAAGAAUACGAUAUCCACAAUCUCAACACCAGGCUGAUAAAAUUAUUCAGGAAGAACGUUCAGUUAAUUUUGGAAGCCGCUGAGUACCUGGAUCGACGAGCUGAGGAGCAUGGAUACGCCUGUACCCCCCUCUCCUCGCCAGAGCCCUCCCCAUCUCCCUUCAACAACCACCAACAACAAAACCAACAUUUUAAGUUCUUCCACAACCAAUCUUCAGCGUUGACUUACAGCAGCUACAGCAGCAGCUACAGCAGCAGCUACGACAGCAGCUACGACAACUUCAUGAACAGCAGCGGCAGCAGCAAAUUCGUUAACAAGAAAAACAACAACUAUUUCAGCAACAAUAACAUCUACGUUGAUAGCAUCAACAACCGCAACAACUAUGGCAGCAGCAACAAUAAGGGUAGCAGCAAAACGAAAAAAAAGAAAAACUCCAAAUUGAGAAAAAACUCGACCAGCAAGUUAGUGGCCACGCUGCAUUUCUCACAUUUAUCGUUCCUCUAA